CAACCUCCGAGAAACACUAACCCUGGAAACUCACUUUUUUUGUUUUCUGAAAAAACAGAGACACAGACAGAGACAGAGAGAGAGAGGCUUUGGUCGUGUUGUUGUGUCGGCAUGGACAAUGUUCUUCAUAAGCUUCGGAAACUGGAUGCGUAUCCCAAAAUCAAUGAAGAUUUUUACAGCCGUACUUUCUCCGGUGGCCUUAUAACUCUCGUCUCCUUCAUUGUCAUCUUCUUACUCUUCUUCUCCGAGCUCAGAUUAUACCUCCACACUGUUUCCGAAUCAAAGCUUGUGGUUGAUACUUCAAGAGGAGAAACCCUUCAUAUCAAUUUUGAUGUCACCUUUCCAGCUGUUCCAUGUUCAUUACUCAGUCUUGAUGCCAUGGACAUAAGUGGAGAGCAACACCUUGAUAUAAGACAUGAUAUUUUCAAGAAAAGAAUCGAUGCUCAUAGUAAUGUAAUAGAAGUUAAGCAGGAUGGGAUUGGUGCACCAAAGAUUGAGAAGCCCUUACAGAAACAUGGUGGCAGGCUUGAACACAAUGAAGAAUAUUGUGGCUCUUGUUUUGGUGCAGAAACGUCAGAUGAUCACUGCUGUAAUUCAUGUGAAGAAGUUCGUGAUGCAUAUAGGAAAAAAGGUUGGGCACUAACGAAUAUGGAUCUGAUAGACCAGUGCAAACGGGAAGGUUUUAUCCAAAAGAUAAAAGAUGAAGAAGGUGAAGGAUGUAAUAUUCAUGGAUCACUUGAAGUUAAUAAAGUGGCUGGAAAUUUUCAUUUUGCCCUUGGGAAAAGCUUUCACCAGUCAAAUGUUCAUGUGCAUAAUUUGCUGGCCUUGGAAAAGGAUAUUUAUAAUAUAAGUCACAGAAUCAACAAGUUAGCUUUUGGUAACUACUUCCCUGGCUUAGUCAAUCCCCUUGACGGUGUACAAUGGGUGCCUGAAACACCAAAUGGUUUGUACCAGUAUUUCAUCAAGGUGGUCCCUACUAAAUACACCGACACUAGAGGUCGUACUGUCCAGUCAAAUCAGUAUUCUGUGACAGAGCAUUUUAGGGAUGCUGAGUCUCACUCUCCACCUGUUCCUGGAGUUUUCUUCUUUUAUGACAUUUCUCCAAUUAAGGUGACUUUGAAAGAGGAGCAUGAAACAUUUUUACACUUUAUGACCCAUAUUUGUGCAAUAAUUGGAGGUAUUUUCACAGUUGCGGGAAUAAUAGAUUCCUUCAUAUAUCAUGGUCAAAGAGCGAUCAAGAAAACAAUGUAAAUUGGACAAAGUAGCUGAUAUCUUUGCCAUUCCACAUGUGCUGCUCCAAAAUCCAGAAGGCUUCUGCAGGACUUGGGAAAUCAUUGAAUCAUUUUUUUUUUAAAUGAGGGUUAGAAAUCACAAAAUUAUGUGGCUGUUUUUACUUAGUGAGUAGGGUUAAUACUCCUAUUUUAUUCUGUCAAAUCAUGCUUCUUUUUUUCUUUUCAUUUUUUUGGUUCCCCUUCAGUUAGUGAUUUGUAGAUUUACAUGACAAUUUAUUUUCUUGGGAAUUAGAUUUAGUUUCAUACCUUAAUGGAAUCAAGGGUAAAACAAUCUUUGUAAAUGUGAUGCAAAUGUCCACUCAAAUUGCGAUAACUUGAAAAUUUCUGAA